AAUAUGCAAUUCACUCCAGGCCUGGGAGAAAAUAUUGAGGAGCAGAACGCAGAGUGUGGAAAAUCAGGAAUGAAAUGCUCGGGAAUGCCAUCAAGAAUGAUAUUUUUGUGCAUUGAAUCUUCUUCAACGGAUUUUAAAGAUUACAUCGAGUUAAAUCUUGAAAAAUUUGGCCCAGUUUUUGAAUUUUUUCUGAGAAGAAUCCAACCACCGGUUUUAUUUUGCGAUGAUCCAUCUCUUUUUGUUCGUUAGUUGUGAUUUAAAUCUGCUUGAAGGAAUUUGAAAUCGAAAUCAUUUUUCGGCUGAGCGGACUUUCUUUCUUUGUGGUCAAAAAAAUCGAAAUUCAAGAUUUUGACGUUUUCUCAGAUUGUAAGAUGAUUUUGAAAAUUUGACAGGAAUUUUGCAAUUUGUAGCCAGCAAAUUUGUAUUUUGGAGUCUUGAGUACGAGCAUGUUUUCUAUGGAGGAUUUAGGGGGGCUUUUGGAGUCUUUUUACUUUAAGCCUUAAGAAUUAAGGACUUUUUUUCUGUAAGCUGUACAAAUUUAAGGGCAUCUCCUUAAAUCCAAGGAUUGAAGGCUUCUGUGAUAAAUUUCUGUAUUUCUUUUUUGAAUCUAAGGAUUACAGAAAUCUUUCUUUGUCAUCUGGGACAUAUAUAAAAAAUUGUAGAAUUCCUUUAAAAUGGAGACUGCAACAGCUCUAGAGAACAGAAUUUCUUCUAGAGAUUUUUUUCAAUGGGGAAUCCGCAAGCGUAUGGUAUGUGGCAAGCCACAGAUAAUGCAGACAACCGAGACGUCCACCAUCCGUGUGGACAGGCAUGUUGUUGGAGCUAAUAAAGAGGGGUCUGCUCCUGCUGCAAAAAUAACCCCCCAACAAAAGCUACAAGACCAUCAAGUUAAACCAGUUCUUGAAAAAAAGAUAACACUGCCUUGCAACAACAACAACAUGCAUUCCUCCGGGUCUCGUCAGAAAAGGAUCACCAGAUCUCAGCAUCCAGUGAAUCAUAUUAUGUGCACCAGGAAGAGCAAUAACACGGACGAAGUGAACAAUAUGCAAGACAACAAGGCCUUGACCGUGGAGACCUCUGUUUGGCCAAAAUUCAGUCUGACCCUCUCUCAUAACCAGAUAGAGGAAGAUUUUCUAGCGAUAAAGUGCUCAAUAUUGCCGUUGAAACCCAAAAAGCGCCUCAAGUCUAUUCAGAGAACAAUCCAAAAUGUUAGCCCUGGUGGUUGGCUCAGCGAUCUUUCUCAAGAACGGUAUGAAGUUAGGGAAAAGAAAUGUUUGAAGAAGAGACCAAGGGGUUUGAAAGCUAUGAGAGGAGCACAUAGUGAAUCUGAAUAAGCAGGCAGUUCCAUCUCAGCUGUACCUGUAAAUAUCUGUUAAUUUGCUCUCUUUGUCAUUCAUAGCAUUCAAUCACAUUAAUAUGUUUGGUGGCAUUUGUGUCUUGCUUUUCAAUAUGUUUUACAUGACUAGCAAUCACAAGCUAAGGCCAAAAAAUUUCGGAUGACUUUUCAUUGGAUGCGAAGUUGUAAACUUAUAGAAAUCAAAUAAUAUUUACAACUGUGAGUGAUGUAAUUUUUCUGACUGUUCAAAUUAAUAGCAAUGAUUUGCAUAUGUUUAUUGUUUCA